CCAGAACACCUCGGUUCGUUCUCUUAGAUGUUCGCAUAGAUGGCGAAUGAUAGCAAAACAGAAGAAAGACAAAAUCCAAUGAAAGAACUACGAAUCCAGAAGCUGUGCCUCAACAUUUGUGUUGGCGAGAGUGGCGACAGGCUCACAAGAGCUGCAAAAGUCCUCGAACAGCUUACUGGUCAGGCUCCUGUCUUCUCAAAAGCUCGUUAUACUGUACGAUCAUUUGGCAUUCGACGUAAUGAAAAGAUUGCUUGUCAUUGCACUGUCCGUGGACCCAAAGCUGAAGAGAUAUUGGAAAAAGGCUUAAAAGUGAAGGAAUACGAAUUGAGGAAGGAAAACUUCUCGGCCACUGGAAAUUUUGGCUUUGGUAUCCAAGAACAUAUUGAUCUUGGCAUCAAGUAUGAUCCAAGCAUAGGUAUCUAUGGCAUGGAUUUCUAUAUUGUGUUGGGUAGACCGGGCUUCAGGAUUUCUCAUCGUCGUCAGAAAAAGAGCCGCAUUGGUGUUCAGCACCGUGUGACCAAAGAGGAUGCAAUGAAGUGGUUCCAGCAGAAGUACGAUGGCAUUCUCUUACCAGGGAAGAAGUGAUUUUCCUCUUAUGUAAUUCAUUUUCCAUGUCACCUAAAUGUGGUAAUUUACUGAAUAAAGUUGAUGGUGUGUUUA